UCUCUAAUACGUUUCCUUCCAAGUUCUAUCGAUGGACAAGUUUGCAUAAAAUUUGAGAAAAGUAGUGUUGCACUGUAUCCUAUGUUGUAUGAAACAGAACUUACUUUGUUACCCACGUAUGUUUUGUACGUAUCCACUAGCAAGGCAGAGAGCAUUUGGAUAGCUUGCUCCUUGGGAGGGAAACUUUUUAAAGCUCUCUGAUACACCCAGAACGUAUCCAGAAGCACUUGAGUUCUAUUGUCUGGAUUCUUGUUAGAUAUGGGAUCAGAAGUGGCCGUUCCCAUCAAUUGCACUUUCGUUCGCAGAGAUUGCAAACAAAGAGUCAAUGCUUGACGAGACAAUUGCUCCCUUUCCGAAUCGCGUAAGUAUUUCCUGAAAAAAUAACAUAGUUCAUUUUCUCGUCGUAAUACGAACAUUUACAGUAAAACAUUUAUUUACUUGUCCGAUUCUGGCGUUUUCCCCAACUGUACGCUCAACUGCAUUAGCAUGCGGCCAUCGUUUGUUUCUUUGAGUACUUGCAUUAACAACGUGACGCACCGCGACAUGUGAAAUGCAAAACUCCCGGGUCUAUCUACUUCGCGAUUAGGUAUAUGCCACACGCCCUGGGAAGAUAGGAAGAUAAGCGAGAAUUAGUGCGAUGAUAAGAAACACGGGGAGGAGUCAGUCUUGUUAAUAUUUACAGUGCACUACAUAUUUGCAGUGCAAUUGCAAUAGAAUAGUGUAUAGUGCGCAACAUUUUUAAUAAUAAUAUUGUACAUUUUAACGUUGGAGUUAUGAAGAAAGCUGCUAACAACAUUGCUACGAUAUUUCUUUGUCUGGCAUGGUGCAGUAUUAGUAUAUACUUCAUCGUAAAUAAGUAUAAGGGCGUUAGUUUUCAAGAUCCCACAAGGUCUACCGACUCUUCGAGAAAAGUGAUAAUUGAUACGGACGCCGGUGCCGAUGAUGCUAUAGCCAUUCUUUUAAUUCUUAAAUCAAAAGGAUUCGAAGUGUUGGCGAUCACUUGUACAUAUGGAAAUACGUACGUGGACAAUGUGAUGAGAAAUGUACUGAAAACUUUGACGAUCGCAAACAGAGGCGAUAUACCGGUGUAUAAAGGGGCACAGAGGCCAUUCUUAAAUAAGUACAAAUCUGACGAUUCCUUCUUUGGCCCGGAUGGUUUUGGGAAUUUUAGUUUCACCGAGGCAAUUACUGCUCGCGUCGAUGAAAGUAAACACGCGGCUUUGGCGCUUUUGGACUUAACAAAAGCGCAUCCAGGUGAGAUAACACUUUUAUGCAUCGGCCCAUUAACGAAUGUUGCUUUAGCAAUGACGUUGGAUCCAUUGUUCGCUACUUACUUGGGGAAGCUUAUUAUACUAGGGUCCAGUGUCUCUGGAAACGGUAAUGUUUCACCCAAUGUAGAGUUCAAUUUUGGACAAGAUCCAGAGAGCAAUUCAAUUGUAUUGAAUCAUAGCGAUAUAGUCAGUAUUAUAUUCCCAUGGGAAACAGCUAAGAGCAGCAGCAUACGUAUGGAGUGGCGUACCAAUGUACUAGGGAAGCUAAACUCCACUAUCAUGAAUUUUCUGAACAAAGCAGAGCGACUGAGUAUGACGAAUAAUACCGAGUGGAUCUCAUCGGAUGCGAUGGCUGCGACGAUUAUGAUGUGGCCGGAAUCGAUAGAGGAGUCUACGGUGACCAAUGUAAGUCCUGUGACCGAUGGAACGGCUAGGGGGUCUGUACUUGUGGACUACGCACAUUCGACUGGCAAGCCAAACAAUUCGGAAAUCAUACAACGUUUCAACGUAACAGUUUUCCAAGAUGCGUUGCUUAAAUAUCUGUCCUAAAUUACUCAAUAAAUUCUGUCCAGCGCAAAGUAAAGUAAAAUGAAUAAAAAAGAAAUACAAUGCGUACUUACACUAAAGAAA